ACCUUUUUCGCUCGCACUUUCCAUUCAGCCGUGUAAACAAGCAACGUCAAACUCGCCUCAGACGACAACUCCACCAAUCUUCUCUCUGUUCUGUCCCUAACUUCCCUCUUUAAUUCUCUCUGCUCAAUUCAUUCCUUCGAUUCUUCCGCCGCCGUCGCCGCCGCCGUACUCAACUUUCUUUCCCCACCAAUCCAAUCUCAAACUCAUCCUCCAUUCCUUCGCCUACAGGUUUGUUCGAGAAAUCUGGGGCGGAGACUGCUAUGGCUCAUAAGGUAGACCACGAGUAUGACUAUUUGUUCAAGAUUGUUCUGAUUGGGGAUUCCGGCGUUGGGAAGUCCAACAUUCUUUCGAGAUUUACUAGAAACGAGUUCUGCUUGGAGUCCAAAUCCACCAUUGGUGUUGAGUUCUCGACCAAGACUCUCCAGGUAGAAGGAAAGACAGUCAAGGCACAGAUCUGGGACACAGCUGGUCAGGAGCGAUACCGUGCGAUUACUAGUGCUUAUUAUAGAGGAGCCGUUGGUGCUCUCCUUGUCUAUGAUCUGACAAAGAGACAGACUUUCGAGAACGUUCAAAGGUGGCUUCGGGAGCUGAGAGAUCAUGCAGACUCUAACAUUGUGAUUGUUAUGAUUGGAAACAAAUCUGACCUAAGUCAUCUUAGAUCUGUCUCGGAGGAUGAUGGGCAGACCAUGGCAGAGAAGGAAGGUCUUUCGUUUAUUGAGACAUCGGCCUUAGAUGCCACCAAUAUCGACAAGGCAUUCCAAACCAUCUUGACAGAGAUCUACCAUAUCAUCAGCAAGAAGGCAUUAGCAGCCCAGGAAGCAGCUGCUAGCAUCACCCAUCCUGGACAAGGAACAACCAUCAACGUUUCCGAUACUUCUGGUGACUCAAACAGAAGGGGUUGUUGUUCUUCGUGAGCAGAUACAGAACGAUAGAACUGAUAGUUCACAUCAAAGGUUUCUCUUGUGUCUCUCUUUCCUUUAUAUUCAUAAUUGAUCUGUUUGUUUUUUUAUCUUCCUGGAUUUGGAGAAACUAGGAAAGUGUAGCGUAUUCAUAGCGGGCAUGUAGAAUGAUUAUCUUACUCGACCCCUCGGUUUAUCUCAUUAGCAAGCGGUUAGUUAUUUUGAGCAA